AUGGCUUCUCAACCCUCCGCUUCUGGGCGCUCGCGGCCCCAAUCCGAUGCCAUGAGCCAGUGGACCGUCGGUUCCAAGAUCGGGAAGGGCAGCUUCGCCUCUGUCUACGUUGGUACCCGCAAGAGUUCCGGCGCCGCUGUCGCUAUCAAAUCCGUCGAACUGGGGAAGCUCAAGGGCAAGGUGAAGGAUAACCUCUAUUCCGAGAUCAAAAUUCUCGAGAAACUGCGUCAUCCUCAUAUCGUUGCCCUCCACGAAUGCGUCGAAACGCCAACCCACAUCAACCUGAUGAUGGAAUACUGCCUUCUCGGCGAUCUGUCGCUUUUCAUCAAGAAGAGGGAUAUGCUCUCGACAAAUCCGGCUACCCACGAUAUGGCGCGGAAAUAUCCGAACACACCCAACGCUGGCCUGAACGAGGUCAUUAUCCGUCAUUUCCUCAAGCAACUGUCGAGUGCACUCGAGUUCCUGAGGAGGCUGAACCUGAUCCAUCGCGACGUGAAACCUCAGAACCUGCUCCUACUCCCCUCCAUCGACUUCCGAGAGAACAACAGGGAAGUGCCACAGAUCCUCAGUGCAAGCCAGGACAGCCUCAUCCCUGCAGUUGGGCUGCGUUCUCUGCCCAUGCUGAAGCUCGCCGACUUCGGGUUCGCCCGCGUGUUACCCUCCACAUCGCUCGCCGAAACGCUCUGCGGUUCACCGCUCUACAUGGCUCCCGAGAUUUUGCGUUACGAACGUUACGGUCCCAGCGCUGAUCUAUGGUCCGUCGGGACGGUUCUAUAUGAGAUGGCGGCGGGCCGGCCACCCUUCCGUGCAAGCAACCAUGUCGAGCUACUACGCAAGAUAGAGGCUUCAAACGACUCGAUCAAAUUUCCAAGGGAAAGUAAUCUUUCAUCCGAUUUGAAGCUUCUGAUUCGCGCUCUCCUCAAGAGGAGUCCCGAUGAGCGCAUCACCUUUGAAAACUUCUUCGCACAUCCUGUCGUCGUAGGUCAAAUACCGGGGCUUGUCGAGGAUGACAUACCAAAGCCAGCCGAGCCGAAAAGGCCGCAAGGUGCCAGAUCUGCUGUCAAGUCCGAUGAGCCUGUCGCAUCUCCUCGACGGCUGUCAUUACGGCGGCCUGGCACAGAUCAAGACCAAGGGAGGGCCGAAGCCGUUUCGUCUCCCAUCGAAAAGCCGUACAGACGUUCACCACUCGGCACGCCCACCGAGGCUGAAGACAAAUUCGGUCCUGCUUCUCCUCGACUUGGCUACUCACCCCGCCAGGAGACUGGAGAGGGUCUUGGCAUACGGCGACCCCAACCUGUGCCGUCAUCUUCAGCUCCAACAAGGCCGGCCGUCUACGAAGCACGUCGCCGGGCCCUAUCUAACGCAUCGGCAACAAAACUCGCCCGUGAUGCCCCGCCUGCAGGAGGUGCGAGGGAACUUCCGCGAAGUCGAGGAAAGGGCCCAUCGGACGAGCAAGAGAAGGCGCGGCAGGAGAUUGCGUUCGAGCGUGAUUAUGUGCUCGUUGACAAGAAUCAGGUCGCAGUAAAUGCCCUAGCCGAUGAACUGGCCGCCAACGGACGUAUGGUGCAUGCACAGGGCUCGUCACCCAAGGCGGGACAGAUGGUGCGGCGGACGACAACGCAGGGUGCCCCAGACUCCACGACCGGUGCGGUGGCGCCAUCGCCAUCUCGAGCAAUGCAAAUCGCCCAGGGAAGGCAGCGGCCAAAUACCCAUGAGCGGCAGUCUUCUCUUAGUGCGAGCCCCGGCUCUACCACGUCUUUUAUAUCCAAGGCCAUACAAGACGCCAGUCUGCGACUCCUUGGUAUCAAAUACCCACCGGGACUUGGCAAAGGCGCCUCCCCGCCUCAACUGUAUAGUGCGUUCCCUGCCUAUCCCACGCCGUCAGCUCCCGUAGGCUUGAUUGGUGAUGGGAAGCAAAGUACACCUUACGAUGAGGACUCGAGGGUCGCUCAGUGCAUCGAGGACUAUGCCACACGGAGUGAUGUUGUCUACGGCUUUGCUGAGGUGAAAUACAAGCAGCUUGUGCCCCUUACGCCGUCGACGAACCAUGGUCUUGGUGGUUUGCCAGCGGACCAGGCCUCUUCCGACGAUGAUGACGGGCUUACUGUCGAUGCAGUAGUCGCACUUUCAGAGGAAGCCCUGGUGCUGUACGUCAAGGCUCUGUCUCUCCUUGCCAAGUCAAUGGACAUCGCCAGCCUGUGGUGGUCAAGGAGGACACGAGCGGAAUCGUCAAGUGGGCCAGCAUCCGCUCGAGAUCCCAGCAACAUCCAAGUCGUGAUUACCAGAAUCAAUUCGGCUGUGCAGUGGGUCCGGUCGCGAUUCAACGAAGUAUUGGAGAAAGCCGAGAUCGUGCGAUUGAAGCUCAUCGAUGCGCAGAAAGCAUUGCCAGAAGACCACCCCGGCCACCCCAGCAAUCAUCCAGUGGACCCCGCGUCAACGAGCGGAUCAGCAGUCGACGGGGUGGUCAUCACGCCUGGGAUAAGCGCUGAGAAACUCAUGUACGACCGUGCCGUCGAGAUGAGCCGCAAGGCAGCGAUUGACGAAAUUUCCAACGAGGACCUUGCUGGCUGCGAGAUAUCCUAUGUCACAGCGGUACGUAUGCUAGAGGCCGUGAUAGACAACGACGAAGACCUUCCUAAGAGGCGGAUCUCUGGGCCUACUAAGGAGGAGCGUGCGUCGAAGGAGGAGCUUGCCUCGGACAUCAACACGGAUGACCAGCAAGCCGUCCAAAAACUGAUCACCAUGAUCACAGGCCGGCUUAGUUCUGUGCGUAAGAAGAUGCGGAUGAUUGCGAGUGCAACAAAGCUCCAGCAACAGCAGCAGCAGCAAGAUCUCGUCCGACGUCGCAGUGGUGAUGUGACACCUAGGAGCGUGCCUUCCCACGCCUCAUAA